AUGACUGCAACAAUCCCAGCAACACGGAGCGGAGACAAACUGGAUCCAAAAGGCAAAGCAACAGAGCUGAUGGUGAGACUCCGGCGAGUUCUGUGGUUGGUUCUGAGCAUGCUCAGUCUGUCCCUGCUGCUUGUUGCUCUGGGGAUAUACACCAACACACUCACCGAGACAGUGACAGUAUCUGGCUUCUCUUCAGGGAUUAUUCUCACCCUGGGAUGCUUCCUGGGGCUUUUGGGGCUUGGCCUAGAGGAGAACCGCAGGCAUCUGAUAAAUUCUUCCAUGGUUUUCUUCAGUUUUGGAAUCAUCACGUCUGCUUUCUGCCUGAUGAUAGAUGGAGCCAUAGCCUUUAACAUGGAUAUGCGCCCGUUAAAAGCUGGGCGAUGUCAGUUCUACAGCAGUGGGAGUGGUUUUCUGUAUGAGCACUACUACACCACAGUUUCAUGUUGGACUAUAGAGGAAUCGUGUAACAUAACUGUGAGAAGUGGGACCUGUUAUUGCUGUGACCUGUACAACUGUGCUAAUGGAGCAUACCUGAACCACUACUAUGAGUUUGUGGGAGUCCAAAGCUGCCAUGAUGUUUUUAUCUUGCACUUCCUCAUAUGGAGUCUGACGGGCCUGAACCUCGUGGUCUUCUUCAUGGGCAUCCUGACCACCGCAGUGCUGGGGAGCAUCAAGGGAAAGAGGGGUCCUGGCCCGGGGUCCGAGUCCUGUGGGAGUGGACUGUCUUCUCCCACUGCUCCUCUGCUGAUGGAUGCCAGCGUCCACUCUGCCUCUCAGCUCCACCCACACGCCUCUGUAUACAUCCCUUCUUCCUCCCCUCCUCCAUCAUCAUCAUCAUCUACAUCAGUCCCACAUGUCUCCAGCUUGUCCCAGCGUUUUCCACUGGGGUCGUCUCUCGGGGGCCCCCUCCCGUUCGCCCCCCUGUCCUUCUCAGCCUGA